GUCGCUGCCUGGAGACGACGGGAGUCUUUCGCCAUGGCGGCUGGGCCGAUCUCUGAGCGGAACCAGGAUGCCACUGUGUACGUGGGAGGCCUGGACGAGAAGGUUAGCGAACCGCUGCUGUGGGAGCUUUUUCUCCAGGCUGGGCCAGUAGUUAACACGCACAUGCCAAAGGAUAGAGUCACUGGUCAGCACCAAGGCUAUGGUUUUGUGGAAUUCUUGAGUGAGGAAGAUGCUGAUUAUGCCAUUAAGAUCAUGAACAUGAUCAAACUUUAUGGGAAGCCAAUUCGGGUGAACAAGGCAUCAGCUCACAACAAAAACCUGGAUGUGGGGGCCAACAUUUUCAUUGGGAACCUGGACCCAGAGAUUGAUGAGAAGUUGCUUUAUGAUACUUUCAGCGCCUUUGGGGUCAUCUUACAAACCCCCAAGAUUAUGCGGGACCCUGACACAGGCAACUCCAAAGGUUAUGCCUUUAUUAAUUUUGCUUCGUUUGAUGCUUCGGAUGCAGCAAUUGAAGCUAUGAAUGGGCAGUACCUCUGUAACCGCCCUAUCACUGUGUCCUAUGCCUUCAAGAAGGACUCCAAGGGUGAGCGCCAUGGCUCAGCAGCCGAACGACUUCUGGCAGCACAGAAUCCACUCUCCCAGGCUGAUCGCCCUCAUCAGCUGUUUGCAGAUGCACCGCCUCCACCCUCUGCCCCCAAUCCUGUGGUAUCAUCAUUGGGGUCUGGGCUUCCUCCACCAGGCAUGCCUCCUCCUGGCUCCUUCCCACCCCCAGUGCCGCCUCCUGGAGCCCUUCCACCUGGGAUACCCCCAGCCAUGCCCCCACCACCCAUGCCUCCUGGGGCUGGAGGACAUGGACCCCCUUCAGCAGGAACCCCAGGGGCUGGACAUCCUGGACAUGGACAUUCACAUCCUCACCCAUUUCCACCGGGUGGGAUGCCCCAUCCAGGGAUGUCUCAGAUGCAGCUGGCCCACCAUGGCCCUCAUGGCUUAGGACACCCCCAUGCUGGGCCCCCAGGAUCUGGGGGACAGCCACCACCAAGACCACCACCUGGAAUGCCUCAUCCCGGACCUCCUCCAAUGGGCAUGCCCCCCCGAGGGCCUCCAUUUGGAUCUCCCAUGGGUCACCCAGGUCCUAUGCCACCCCACGGUAUGCGUGGACCUCCUCCACUGAUGCCCCCUCAUGGAUACACUGGCCCUCCACGACCUCCACCCUAUGGCUACCAGAGGGGGCCCCUUCCUCCACCCAGGCCCACUCCCCGGCCUCCAGUUCCCCCUCGUGGCCCACUUCGAGGCCCUCUCCCUCAGUAAUUUCUUAUUCUCUUUCCUCUUGUUAUAUCUUUCCAAUCCUUGGACCAAUCAGAGUUGCUAUAGCUUCCUGGGGUUAAAGGCACUGAUCCCUUAGGCCUCUUUUUUUUCUUCUUCAGAUUUUUUAAUUGGUUUUUAGAGGAAGGGAGAGGGAUAUAUAUAGAGAAACAUCAACGUGUGAGAG